AAAAGUAAAAUUAUUCAUUUAUUUAUUAUUUAAAGAAAGAGGCACAUUUCAGCCCUCAUUCAAUGAUGCUUUAACCAACGCACCAUCCUCCGCUCAUUCUCUUUCAAUUUCAUCCCUCUCUUCUCUCUCAGGUUGCAAUGGAGUGUUUGGAAGCAGUGUUGAAGAGCAGUUUCAGAAAAGACAUGGCCCUCAAACUCAGCCCCCAAGCGUUCCCGGAGGACCUUAACAUGCAAAACGUCACCUCUUCCGACGACUUAUUCGUCGACGACCUUCUCGACUUUUCGCUCCUCGAAAACGAAGAACCUGACCAACACAAACACAGCCACCACUCAACCUCCGUUUCCCCUCGCAACGACAACCACCAUAUGUACAAUUGCAACCACUCCUUCAACGACAAUUUCAAUACCGAACUCACUCUUCCGGCGGAGGAAGUUGCGGACUUGGAAUGGGUAUCUCAUUUCAUCGAAGACUCUUUCACCAAAUACUCUCUUUCCUUCCCCGCAACCGUCACGCAGAGCCUCGCUGAGAAACCGCAGGAACCGGGAAACGCCGGUUUUACUUUCAAAACCCUCGUUCCGGCCAAGCCAAGGAGCAAGCGAACCAGAACCGGGGUUCGGGUUUGGCCGCUGAGGUCACCCUCGUCUUUCACCGACACGUCGUCUCCCGACAGCCCUUUGGUAAUUUGCGCAGCCACGUCCAAAGACCACCACCCGGAGGACAAGAGGGCGAAGAAACGGGCGGCGUCGGACGGGGGAGCGGCGAGACGGUGCAGCCAUUGCGGCGUUCAGAAAACACCUCAAUGGCGAACAGGACCGCUCGGGGCGAAGACCUUGUGCAAUGCCUGUGGAGUUCGGUACAAGUCGGGUCGGUUAUUGCCCGAAUAUAGACCCGCGUGUAGCCCUACUUUCUCGAGCGAGUUGCACUCGAACCACCACCGGAAGGUUUUGGAGAUGCGGCAGAAAAAGGAAGCGGGGCCUGGACCGGACACCGGUUCGCCAGCGUCGGUUCCCGGUUUUUGAUUAUUAUUAUUUUUGUAUUUUUUAUUAGGCUAGACAGGAAGAGGUUAAACCAAUGGAGCCGGUUCCGUGGGCCCGAGUUAGUGUCUAUAAUUUUUCUUAUAAUUUUAUUUUACAUUUGGUUGGGUGCGGUAGGUAGCUGUUAAUGUUAGCGGAUAGACAUUAAAUUAUGUUAUUAUCGAUAUUGAUUUGGAGUUAUGGAUUAAGAGAUUGGAUAUUGAAGUUGAUUUAUAUGUUUUAGUUUUUGAUUAUGAAUAUUUGCAGUGUGUUAUGUAAUGAGAUAGAAAGAAAGGAUGUAGUUGUGUUUGCGGGUGAGUUUGGAAGUGAGAAGUGUUGGUUAGAAAACAUGUAGUUAAUGAAUGGAAAGAGCGUAGAAGUGGUUAAAGGGUUUGUUUGUAAAGUGGGUGUACUGAAAUAGAAUCAUGUGGAAGUUGCACGCAAGAUGCAGGAAGGAGUCAUGAACUCAACCUU